AUGGCAUUAAUCGAAAAUAUAAGUGAACCAUCGACGUGUAUGGCAGCAGUGGAAGCUGUAAGCUGCGCAGAUAUUGAGUCCAGCAAAGAAGCCGCGAAAAAACUCAAAACGUUGCGAAAGUUCGAAGAAGAAAAGAAAUUGUAUGCCUGUGAUUCGCAAAAUCUUCAUAAAUUAUAUGAGAAGGAAUGGAAACGAAUAGAAAAUUUAGCAACAAAUCGACGGCGUAAGGAUUCUCGAUCACGUGAUAGUAAUUUUACUACUGAAAUGUUAUCGAAGCAGUUAAAAUCACUUAGACUACCCGAUUCUUACGGAAGCUCUGCUACAAAUAGUGAUUUGAACAAGAAAAGUUGA